GAACCCUUGUGGGGUAUCGAGGCACGAAACGCUGCGAUCGCUAACCAGUAUUUCACGUGUGCCGUAAACCGCGUCGGCACUGAGCAAUUCCCACACGAGUUCACGUCAGGAGACGGAAAGCCUGCUCACCGUGACUUCGGCAAUUUUUACGGUUCCAGUUAUGUGUCAGCACCUGAUGGCUCUCGUACCCCGGGACUGUCGAGGACGAAGGAUGGGUUGUUGGUUGCUGAAUUAGACCUGAAUCUCAUCCGACAGUCGCGGGAUCAUUGGGGAAUCAUUAUGACCAGACGACUGCCGCUGUAUGCCGAAUCUUUUGCAAGAGCAUGCAGGCCGGACUUCAAGCCGCACAUCAUCAUGUGAAAUAUAUCUUAAAUUACAUCAGCAUAUCACUAGCAUAUCAAUUUGGAGUCGACAAAUCGCUGUAUUUUACGGCUGCGUGAUCGAAAUAAAAACAAAAAAAGUUCUGCC